AUGGAUAAUGUAAGACUGGCAAACAAACAAGAUUGUAAAGAAGCUUUAGGGGAUGGUGAGAUCAUCGAAUACCUUUCAUUGAAUAAAGUGGUCAAUAAGAAUAAAUGCUACACCCAUAUUGAACAAUGUUGUGCCAUUGUGGGAGACCAAAUACGUAUGGACGAAGGUGUUAGGAAAGGUCUUUCUUGGCUUUUGAACAACAUAGUAAAGAACUAUGAUAGCCUAGUAGAACGGGUUACAAAAGACGUAAAUGAGCGGACUGUAUCGGAAGAAGCAGAGAGACGAGAACGUGCAGUGAGAGUACAAAAAAUACGCGAUGAGAGAGAAAAGGAAGAAUGUAAAUAUCUGGGAGAUUCUGCAAAUCAGGAAGAUAGUGAUGAAUCCGAUCAAAACAAAAACCCCUUUCAACCCAUAUCCAAAGUCAUUAACUUGAAUGAAGGGAAGAUAGCGAAGCAAAAAAAGAAGCAAAAAGUAAAGUCUGCUGAAAAUUAUGUAUCAGACAAUGAAGCAGAAAAGGAAUUGCCCAAGGACAUUGAAAUGCAUACUGGGGAUGGCUUACAAAACCUUCAGCAGAUGAAAUCAGACGUGUCAGAAGAUGAAGAACAAUUAACUGAUGUGUUACGAGGAGAUAAGAAUCAAAAGAAAUUAAAAUUACAUGGGCUCAAAAAAUUCAAGAAGAAGCACUUGAGGAGAAGGAAUAAGGUAGAACCAGUCAAAGUAAAUGAUGAACCUGACGAAUCAGUUUCACGCGUUGUGCAUGGUAAAUAAAAAUCCUUUUGCUCCGACAUAUCCAUAAGGAAACAGCAAUUAAGUAGUCAUCAAAAAGAACAAAUGGAUUUGAAUAGUGUGCUCAAAGUAAAUGAUAUAAUACCUUGCAAUUGGUGAAUAAAAUUAUAGUUUUAUGUAUUAAUAAGACUGGUCAAUCCAGCUUUACCUCUUCCUUUCCCAACGCCCCUCUUUAAAAAAAAAACAAACAAAAAAAAACAUUAACCUGACUUCAGUUUGUAUCUAUCGAGUAAUGUUGGGUGGUUCAAAUUUAUGUAGACCAUGAAGAACUCCAGUUGCUUUGUGUCUUUGGACCAAUUAAUAAGGGUGAUAAGAUAGGGAGGGGAAAAAUUCAUUCCAAUUUCAAAAUCCUAUUUAAUGAUCUAUACCGGAAAGUGUACGUCAUGAAUACAUUCUCUACUGAUACAAUAGGAAGAAUUUGAAUGCGAGUGAUUUAUGUGUUUGCAAAGAUUUAUAUAUAACUGUAGCUUAGCAGAACUUUUAUUUUAAGAAGCAAAUUUGUUCUGGGGUAGGGGUUACGAAGGAAUGUAGCACUCUACUGUCCAAAUGAAAGCUCGAGAGCUUUUAAUAUUGAGAAGCAUCAUUUUGAAAGCCACUUUUCUAUGUUUCUCACAUUUAAUGAUUCAAUGGUAAUUUAUUGUCUCAUGUACCUAGGUAGAGUGAAAUUGAUUUUUUGCAUACAGUUCAGUAACAAUCUUGUUGCAAGUGGGGCACAAUCAUACUUCAGUACAAUAGUGUGAGGUUAAUAGAUCACAGUGAGGCAUUACACGAGAGUUGCCAUGUUUCCAGCGACAUCUUGUGCCCAUCAAGUUCGGAGUUAUUAAACAUGUGAGAGUCUUAACUUGGCCAUAAAGGCUCAUUGUCCAGGUGGUGGCAGUGGGUUGGAGUUGCAGGGGUCAGCCUGACCAAGCGAUUUGUCGAUGCCCUCCACCGUUGCUCCGCCGCUCCGUGCCAAUGCAGGCUGCAUCUGAUCCACACGCAUGGCCAUUUGGAGCGGCACCUGAUCUAAUUGAGCUCGGGCCUCCAGCAGCCCACUCUUGCCGACACAUCGAUCCGGAACACGUCGACCCGCGAACACGCCAUCCCUCGCCUCACACGACCACCACAUCUCAGCCUCCAUGCCCAAUGGCGCCUCCCAGGCAGCUGACCUUGGAACACCCGGAGCGCCUCCAAGUGCACGGGAGGUAGACGAGUUACUUCCAAAAUUCUCAGAGCUCCAAGACUUGAAGUUUGCUAUGAAUCUGAACUUGAACAUUGCAAUCCGCCAUUGCCACCGUUGCAAUCAAGCUCAAAAUUAACCUCUGAUACCUGGGUUACCAUCUAACUGUAUGGAUGUGAUAAGAAUAAUUUUAGAUAAAUGCACAUAGAAUUGAUAAGAAAAAAUCAAAUUGGAUAAGACUUUUUAGAUCUACCAUCAAUUUGGACAAGAAUUGACUAGUGCCCCAAAAUACAAACUUCUGUAUUCUGCAUUGGAGGUCAUUGUAUCAAAACAGCAUUGUGUACAGAUAUAUUAGGUAUCUGGCAUAUUUUACAAUCUUGGUGAAUGAAACAGAUGUGAUGAUACACUAUGGAUACACAUAUGUGAUGAUACCUUCUACAUAUGCCUAGAACACCUUAUAUCAUUUGAGUUUAAGGACACCCACUGAAACAUUAGUAACAUUUAUUUUUUUUAUAUAGAACAAAGCGUUUUGAAGUCAUUUGCGCAAAAUGCCUUUUGACAAAUCUUUACAGAAAAUGCAAUGUAGUCAGAUUAAUUUUGUUUUGAACUAUAACUGUGUCGAUUUGGUUAGGCAAGACACUCAAGUAGUCUUAAAUUUAUCUUUACUGGCUACUUUAAAUUUAAAAAAAAAGCAACAAUUAUUUACUACCUAAAGCACAAAGUUUAAAAAUAAAAUAUAAAUAAUUUGCAUAAUUCCCUUAAACUGUUGAACUGCCCCUAUAAAUGCGCAACUAAUCUCAGUUGUUGAUUGCUGUAACCCUUGUCUUCAAAGACUCUUCCCCGUCAAUUUGAAAAUGUAUCACAGUAAUGUUGAUUAAAGUUAAAAGAAUUAAUAAGGAUGCAGCUUUGACUUUCUGAGAUGAUAAACCUAUUUUUCAGGCGGACUCCUAAAGUAUUGUUUUAAACAACAUUUGGUUAAAUCAUUUGUAUAAUCUAUUCAGUCCCUUAAACUUGAACUACCUCCGAAAAACCUCUCAACUGCUGCAAAAGUUAUCACAGUUUAUGACCGCCGUAACAUUGCAGAAUUUACCCCAGUUUUUGAUUUUUUGAUAACACUGCCACAGUUAUCCCAGUUUUGGAUUACUGUAACACUGCAAAAUUUGUCUCAUUUUUUAAAUUAUGGUAACACUUGUCUUUAAAGAUUAUCAACCCCUUCAAUCAGCUAUAUUGAUUAAUUUGAAGUAAGAAUUAAUAUGGAUGUAACACCGACUUUCAGAUAUGAUUAAUCUGUUUUUGCAGUGGACACCUUUAUAAUUUUGGUAUGUCAGUAAUCAUUAAUGGUAUGUGUCAUAUUCAGGGUUUAUUUUCAUAAUUAAACUGUCCAUAAUAUUCCAUUAUUAUUUUAUUUUCUUGUUUGAAAAAAUCAUUACACAUUUGUCAAAAGGAUGUGCUGGAGGAACAGUCUCUGUCCCAAAAAACAUUUGUAAAAAAAAAUUGGCCCAUGCAUCUUAAACUUUGUCCCUUUCAUUCGGAAAUGUGUGCAUCAAUAUUUAGCUAAAUGGGAGCAUUCAAUGUUCAUGCUGUUGGAUUGUAAAACACCCAAGUGGAACAUAAGGUGUUCUUCCAGUUUUGAGUGUGGCCUCACUAUGGUUGAUGAAGGUGGCCUCACUCGCUAUGGUUGAUGAAGUUGGCCUAGGAUAUGAGGGUCAAUAAAGGAAGAGGGGGUUCAAACAGAGUAGCAGCCAGGACUUCUGACAGGCCUUGGUCGACUGAGUGCAAAUGUUUGGCAGAUCAAUAGGUGCAGGAGUAGGCUCUUCGAGCCGCAAUGUGAUCAUGGCUGAUCAUCCGAAUCAGUACCCCGUUCCUGCCUUCGCCCCAUAUCCCCUGACCCCGCUAUCUAGCUCUCUAGAAAGUGUCCAGAGAACCGACUUCCACGGCCUGAUCAAUCGCCUGAUCUGCGCUUGUUCUUGCUGAUAUUAGGCUGGCUGUGGUGGAUGGGGUAGAAGGACGUGUGAAUGAGGCCCUUCCUCAACUGGAAGGGCAUCCUGGGGUCCUUGGAUGGAUGUGAGUGAGGGGUAUAGGGAGGGGUGUUGCACCAGGUGAUUUGGGUGUCAUCGCCUCAGACAAUAUCCCCUGCACAUAUUCCAACCUUGUAGUUCCUCUGCCCUAUACUGCUUCUUUCUAUCUCCUUCCCAUAAUCCCCCCUCUUCCCUGCCCCCUCCCUGCUCGCCAACAUCUGAAAUACGUCUCACACUCUUCAACACAUCAAUAACUUUUAAUUCCUAGGCCCCCAUUCCCUCAUCUUUACCAUGGACCUUCAGUUCCUUUUCAAUUCUAUUUCCCACCAGGAAGGUCUUGGAGCACUCUGCUUCCUCCUCCAGAGACCCAUUCAGUUCCCCUCUGUUAAUACUCUCUUCCACCUGGUUGGAACUUGUCCUCACUCUCUACAUCUUUCCUUUUGACUCCUUUGUGAGGCGAAAGUCCCGAAAUGAAGGCGAGGAGCCAGGUGCUUCGGGGGAGGUACAUUUAAUAAUGUCCUUGUCAUCAGAGAAGUCUGCAAGAGGAAGAUGGCACCCAAACCCUUGCCUUUUAUCCCUCUAGCUAAGGGCCGGCUCUGGACUCAACCAUUCCUGUGCCGAGGGGCUUGAUAGUUGGGAUGGCCCGACCCUUGGGAGCCACCACAGGACCCCCCCCCCCCCCCCCCCCCCGCAACCGGAGGCACGAAAUGCACCGGCGGGCGUACGACCCUCUCAGACCACGUACGCAAGUCACCCGACCAUGGGGCUGGCGGAGGGAUAGGCGGAAGGACAGGUGGAGUGACAGGCGGAGUGAGCCGUGAAGGGGGGCGCUCGCGGCGGAGGUUGGGCAACCAGCACCGGCUGGCCAAUGUCCAGCCACCGUGUGAAGUGGUCCACCAUCGUGAGGAGGUGGGUAAUGCCCCGGGACGGCGGGGGUGGCCCCACAAUGUCAACGUGGAGAUGGUUGAAACACUGGUGAGGUAGGCCGACUCCUGGAGGGGCGCCCGGACAUGGCGCUGGAUCUUCACCAUCUGGCACAGAAUGCAGGUGCAAGCCCAGUGGCCAACCUGCUUGCGCAGACCGAGCCACAUGAACUAAGUGGCCAGUAGUGCUGUCGUAGCCCGGUUGGAUGGGUGAGCCAGCCCGUGGAUAACGUUGAAAACCGCCAGGCGGCAGGGUCGAUGGGGUGUGGCUGACCGGACACCCAUUGCACAGGAUCGUUGCCCCUCCAGGAACAUCGUUGAGGCAAAGGCUGGAGAUGGCAGUCCGGUAGGCGGGCAUCUCGCAUUCCGUGAGCUGCGCCUCCGCCAGGGCUGAAUAGUCAAUCCCGGGCGCCACCUCAAACGGCGUAGAUGGCAGGGCGGGACAAUGCGUCGGCCACCUGGAUGUACGGCAACUGCCGCUGCUGUCGUGUGGACCAGGGGUCGGAAACCGCCAGGGCGAAUGUGAGUGGUCUGUGUAGGCGGUAAAUGGGCGGCCCUCCAGGUAGUAACGGAAGUGGCGCACUGCCAGGUACAGAGCCAAGAGCUCGCGAUUGAAAGUGCUGUGCUUCGUCGGGAUGCGGUUGAGGUGCCGGCUGAAGAAGGCCAGGGGCCGCCAACCCCCGUCCGUCAAUUGUUCCAGCACGGCACCAACCGCCGACUCCGAGGCGUCCACCGUAAGGGCAGUCGGGACAUCUUCCUGCGGGUGCACCAGCAGUACGGCCUCCUUCAUGCCGUCAAAUGUUAGUCCACUCGCCGACCUUGCGCCAACCUGCCAGAAGUUGUUGAUACAGUGGCCGCAUGAUGUCGGCCGUGGAUGGCACAAAACGAUGAUAAAAUUCCACCAUCCCGACAAACUCUUGCAGGCCGCGCACAGUGCAUGGACGGGGAAACCUAAAGAUGGCGUUGACCCUGCCCGGCAGGGGAACCGUGCCUUGCGAAGUCACGCGGUGGCCGAGGAAGUCGAUGUCGGUUACCCCAAAACGGCACUUGCCGAGGUUGACAGCCAAGCCAUGCUCACUGAGCUGCUGGAGGUGGGCACAAUUCUCCUGCCGCGAGUGGCUGGCCACCAGGAUGUCGUUGAGGUAGACAAAAACAAACUCUAGGCCGUCCAUCAACCGUUGGAUUGCCUGCGCAGCUUUCUUAAGGCCGAAUGGCAUCCGCACGAACUCGUACAGCCCGAACGGCGUGAUGAUUGUCGUCUUGGGUACAUCCUUCGGGUGGACCGGGAUCUGGUUAUAACCUCGUACCAGAUCCGCUUUGGAGCAUAUAGUAGCCCCGGCCAAAUGGGCGUUGAAGUCCUGGAUGUGGGGUACGGGGUAUCUGUCUGCGGUUGUUGCGGCAUUCAGCUGCCGAUAAUCCCCGCAAGGUCGCCAACCCCCGCUUGCCUUUGGGACCAUGUGGAUAGGAGACGUCCAUAGGCUGUUUGAAGGGCAGACGAACCCCAAGGACUCCAUCGUGCGGAACUCCUGCUGUGCCAAACAUUGCUUAUCCGGCAGCAGUCGGCAUGCUCGUGUGUGGUUUGAAAGGUGGUCCGGUAGAUUGUAUGAAAUGAACUACCCCAUUACUGAGGGUCGAUGACCGAAACUGUGGGGUCAAGAUGUCCAGGAACAAGGCCAAGACUCGAGCAAAGCAGGAAUCCACGGACGAAAGGGCAUCCCACCGGCUCAUCCAAUCGCAGCAUGAUCGGCUCCAUCGUGUAGGAAGUCGGCACGGAGCAACGGUUGGGAGAUAUCAGCGAUAGGGAACCGCCAAGGGAAAUGGCAGGAGCCCUGGCAUUUCCCGGGAACGUGCACGGCUGACGGCAUUGCCGUGCUGCAGCACCCCAGCGCUGUUGGUAAAAGCACCAGCGCUUCCUGCUGAUGGCACUUGGAGCUUGCUGGUGCUGGACUGCAGGUGCAGUACCCGCCACGGCCAUGGGGGGCGAUCUUACAGGCCUCCGGGAUGUCGCUGUCACUCCUUCCACAGCUCCCACGCCCACCGGAGGAAAUCGGGAGCUGCCGGAGUGACUUCAUCAGUACGCAUCUGCCGAUGGCCAGCGCAUUGACGUAAUCCGGGUGCGCCUUCGACAGCACGUCGGAGUACCUAACGAGGGCCCUGUUGUCGGCGAAGGAGGCGUCUGUGAGUUGUAAGCGGAUGUAGGCUGGCAGCAGAUGCAGGUAGGAGUAUUCAAACAUCAAACAUGGCGUGUGCCCGUCCAGGAGCGCGGCCACCUCGUUCAUGAGGCUUGAUGGCUGCCGAUCGCCUAGGCCCUCCAUAUGAAGGAGCCUGGCAGCACGCUCCAUCCGGCUGAGCCCGUAAAUCAGGAGCAGGAACUCCUUAAGGCUUAAGGCCGUGUCCUGGUCGAGGGCCCCCACCCUAGUAGUAGUAGCGCGUGUCAUCUGCUGUAAUGCCCCGCAGCUGGAAUUGGGCCUCCGCCUGCUGAAACCAGAUGUGCGGCCGGGCGGUCCAGAAGGUGGGUAACUUCACCGAUAACUUGUCGAGAGACUGGGCCGGGUCGACUUUGGGGCGGAAGGACGGGCGGUUGUCUCCAUCAUGACGAUAAUGGAGCGUCGGGGUUCACCAAUGUGGGACGAAAGUCGCGAAAUGAAGGCGAGGAGCCAGGUGCUUCGGGAGGCGCCUUUAAUAGUAUUCUUCUUGUCAUCAGAGAAGUCCGCAAGAGGAAAAUGGCACCCAAACCUUUGCCUUUUAUCUCUCUAGCUAAGGGCCGCCUCUGGACUCAACCAUUCCCGUGCCGAGGGGUUUGAUAGUUGGGAUGGCCCGACCCUUGGGAGCCGCCACAGGACCCCCCCCCCCAGAACCGGAGGCACGAAACCUACCGGCGGGCAUACAACCCAGCCAGACCGUGUACGGAAGUCAGCCGACCGAGGGACAGGCGGAGGAAGCCGUGAAGGGGGGGCCCUCGCGGAUGAGGUUGGGCAACCAGCACUGGCUGGUCAAUGUCCAGAUGUGCUGGCUUCAACCGGUCAAUCGACAUGGCCUCCGGCCGGCCCCCCAUGUCCAACACAAAGGUCGUCUGUCCAUGCUCCAGCACCCGGAAAGGGCCCUCAUACAGCCUCUGGAGUGUCGUCCGUUGGGCAUCACAGCGCCGGAAAAUGUAGGGGCAGUCCCGGAGGGCUGAUGGCACGUGCGGGCGAAAUGUCCCAAGGUUGGAUGUUGGGAUGGGCGUGAGCCUGCCAACUUGCUCGCGAAGGCGCUUCAGAGUGGAUGAGGGCGUUCCCUGCUGCCCCGGCGCCGACGGCACAAACUCCCCGGGCACCGUGAGUGGAGACCCGUAAACGAGCUCCGCUGAGCAUGAGGCCAAGUCCUCCUUAGGAGUAGUCUGGAUGCCCAGCAAGACCCACGACAGCUCGUUCAUCCAGUCCGGUCCGGAGAGUCGGGCCUUGAGCUGCUGGUGGAACCUCUCCACCAGGCCAUUAGCUUUCGGGUGAUGGGUCGUGGUGUGGUGCAGCCGCACACCCAACAAGUGAGCCAUGGCCGACCACAGCUCGGAGGUGAACUGUGGCCUCCGGUCCGAGGAGAUGUGCACCGGCACCCCUAAGCGAGCAAUCCAGUGCACGGACAAUGCACAAGUGAACUUAGCCAUUGACGUGUCGGCCAGUGGUAUCGCCUCCGGCCACCGCGUGAAGUGGUCCACCAGCGUGAAGAGGUGGGUAAUGCUCCAGGACGGCAGGAGAGACCCCAAAAUGUCCACGUGGAGAUGGUCGAAACGCUGGUGAGGUAGGCCGACUCCUGGAGGGGCGCCUGGGCAUGGCGCUUGAUCUUCGCCGUCUGGCACGGAAUGCAGAUGCAAGCCCAGUGGCCAACCUGCUUGCGCAGACCGUGCCACAUGAACUGAGGGGCCAGUAGUGCCGUCGUCGCCCGGAUGGAUGGGUGAGCCAGCCCAUGGAUAAUGUUGAAAACCGUCCGGCGCAGGCAGCAGAGACGAUGGGACGUGGUUGACCGGACGACACAUCGCACAGGGUCGUUGCCCCUCCAGGACUGAGAGGGACAUCGUCGAGGAAUAGGCCGGAGAUGGCAGUCCGGGAGGCGGGCAUCUCACGUUCCGUGAGCUGCGCCUGCGCCAGGGCAGAAUAGUCAAUCCCGGGCGCCAUCUCAAUCACGGCGUCAAUGGCGGGGCGGGACAAUGCGUCGGCCACCCGGUUGUCUUUCCCCUCGAUGUAGCGGAUGGAGGUGGUGUAUUCUGAGAUGUACGCCAACUGCCACUGCUGUCGUGCAUACCAGGGGUCGGAAACCUCCGCCAGGAUGAAUGUGAGCGGCUUGUGGUCUGUGUAGGCAGUGAACGGGCGGCCCUCCAGGAAGUAACGGAAGUGGUGCACUGCCAGGUACAGAGCCAGGAGCUCGCGAUCGAAAGCGCUGUUCUUCGUCGGGGCGCGGUUGAGGUGCCGGCUGAAGAUGGCCAGGGGCCGCCAACCCACGCCGUCAGUUGUUCCAGCAUGGCACCAACCGCCGACUCCGAGGCGUCCACUGUAAGGGCAGUCGGGGCAUCUUCCCGCGGGUGCACCAGCAGUGCGGCCCUAGCAAGGGCCUCCUUCGCGCCGUCAAAUGCUGCCGCCACCUCGUUGGUCCACUCGGCGUCCUUACGCCAACCCGCCUCAGUUGAUACAGCGGCCGCAUGAUGUGGGCCGCGGAUGGCACAAAACCAUGAUAAAAUGCCACCAUUUGCCACACAAAUGCCUUGCGAAGUCACGCGAUGGCCAAAAAUGUCGAUUACCCCAAAACGGCACUUGCCAAGGUUGACCGCCAAGCCAUGCCCACCGAGCCGCUGACAGAGCUGCCGGAGGUGGGCACAGUGCUCCUGGCCACCAGGAUGUCGUUGAGGUAGACAAAAACAAACUCGAGACUGUGACACACCCCGUCCAUCAACCGUUGGAAUGCCUGCGGUCUUAAGGCCGAACGGCAUCCGCACAAACUCGUACAGCCGGAACGGCGUGUUGAUUGCCGUCUGAGGUACAUCCUCCGGGUGGACCGGGAUCUGGUAAUUACCUCGUACCAGAUCCACUUUGGAGAAUAUAGUAGCCCUGGCCAAAUGGGCGUUGAAGUCCUGGAUGUGGGGUAUGGGGUAUCGGUCUGCGGUUGUUGUGGCAUUCAGCCUCCGACAAUCCCUGCAAGGUCGCCAGCCCCCACUUGCCUUAGGGACCAUGUGGAGUGGGGACGCCCAUGGGCUGAUUGAAGGGCGGACGAUCCCCAAGGACUCCAUCGUGCAGAACUCAUGCCGUGCCAGACGUAGCUUAUUCGGCGGCAGUUGGCGUACUCGUGUGUGGAGAGUUGGUCCGCUAGUCUGUAAGAAAUGAAUGACCCCGUGACUGGGGGUCGAUGACCGAAUCUGUGGGGUCAGGAUGUCCGGGAACACGGCCAAGACCCGAGCAAAUCGGGAAUCCACGGACGACAGGGGGCGUUCCACCGGCUCAUCCAAUUGUAGCGUGAUCGGCUCCAUCGUGGCGGUGUGGACCAAGCGCUGACGCCUGACGUCCACCAGGAGGGAAAUGUGGAGGAAGUGGGCACCGAGCAACGGCUGGGAGACAUCGGCGAAAGUGAACUGCCACGAGAAAUGACAGGAGUCGAACACGAUCGGUACCAUGCGAACCCCAUACGUGCGGAUGGGGCUGCCAUUCGACGUGGUGAGGACGGGCCCCCGCUUACCGGAACGACUGUCUGCCAGCAAAGGGGGCAGGACGCUCAGCUCUGCCCCGGUAUCGACGAGGAAGCAGCUCCCAGAGCGCCGAUCCCAGGCGAAGAGGCGCUGAAUCUGGCCAGCUGCCAUGGGGACUAUUGGCAGCCGGCCCCAGCGUUUCCCGGGAACAUGCACGGCUGACGGCAUUGCCGUGCUACUGCACCCCAGCGUAAUAGCACCAGCGCCUCCUGCUGGUGGCGCUUGGUGCUUGCUGGUGCUGGACUGCAGGUGCAGUACCCGCCACAGCUACAGGCCUCUGGGAUGACGCUGUCACUCCUUCCACAGCUCCCACACCCCACCGGAGGAAAUCGGGAGCUGCCAGAAAGACGUCAUCAGUGCCUGCCGAUGGCCAGCGCAUUGACGUCAUUCGGGCGCGCCAUCCACAGCGCGUCGGAGCGACUACCGAGGGCCCUUAUGUCGGUGAAGGAGGGUCAAUGACCGAAACUGUGAGUUGUAAGCGGAUUUAGACCGGUAGGAGUAUUCAAACAUCAAACAUGGCGUGUGCCCGUCCAGGAGCGCGGCCACCUCGUUCAGGAGGCUUGAUGGCCGCCGGUCGCCUAGGCCCUCCAUAUGAAGGAGCCUGGCAGCACGCUCCAUCCGGCUGAGCCCAUAAAUCUGGAGCAGGAGCUCCUUAAGGCUGAGGUAUUUCGCUGUGGCCAGGGGGGCUGCCAGGAACUGUGUGACCUCUCGGGCCGUGUCCUGGUCGAGGGCCCCCACCAGGUAGUAGUAGCUGGUGUCAUCUGCUGUAAUGCCCGCAGCUCAAAUUGGGCCUCCGCCUGCUGAAACCAGAUGUGCGGCUGGGUGGUCCAGAAGGUGGGUAACUUCACCGAGACCGCGUUGAGAGAUGGGGCCGGAUCAGCCUUUGAGGUGGAUGGACGGGCGGUUGUCUCCAUCAUGAUGAUAAUGGAGCAUCAGGGUUCACCAAUGUGGGGCAAAAGUCCUGAAAUGAAGGCGAGGAGCCAGGUGUUUCGGUAGGUACAUUUAAUAGUAUUCUUCUUGUCAUCAGAGAAGUCCGCAAGAGGAAGAUGUCACCCAAACCCUUGCCUUUUAUCCCUCUAGCAAAUGGCCGCUUCUGGACUCAACCAUUCCCGUGCCGAGGGGUUUGAUAGUUGGGAUGGCCCGACCCUUGGGAGCUGCCACACCUUUUACUUUCUUCAAGUUAAAGGUGUAACCAUGGGCAGCGCCUUGGCCCCAGCAAUGCAUUUCUUUUUAUUGGUUAUAAUCAAACAGAUCUUAUUCCAAGCAUACACUAGCACAAUGCUUUAUUCUUUCUCAACUGCAUCAGGACUGCUUCCUGCAACCAUACAUAACUUGCUGAUUUCAUUAACUUUAUCAGUAACUUCCACACUGUCCUCAAAUUCACUUGUAAUACUUUUGACAUCGUUCUCCCCUUCCUUGAUCUCUCAGUAUCCAUUAGGGGACAGAUAAUCGACAGACAUCAACUACAAGCACACUGACUCCCACCAACUUUACAUCAUCCCACCCUGCCCCUAGCAAAGACGCCAUCCCCUAUGCUCAAUUUCACCAUCUCUAGCAUCUGCGCUCAAGAUGAGGCUUUCCACUCGAGGACAUCCUCUUUCUUUAACAAACAUGGUUUUCCCACAUCUGUCAUUUCAACCACCUACAUCACCACUACCAGUCGCCCCUUCCCAUCCUUAUUCACAGCGACUGCCUCCUCCACAACUCUUUGGUCCCCUCAUCCCUUCCCACCCAAACUAUCCCCUCCCAGGUACUUCCCCCUGCAAGAGAUGGUCCUUGCGUAUCACCCCUCCACAUCCAGCACAUCAUUUUCCGAAACUUCCGCCAUGCCUCUACCAGUCAUAUCUUCUCAUCCCAACCCUUUUCCUCUUCCUGCAGAGACCACUCCCUCUACAAUUUCUUGGUUCACACUUUGCUUCCCACCCAAACCAGCCCUUCCCCCAGAUACUUUCCUCUAACCACAGGAGAUGUAUUAUUUGCAAACUUAGUAAUCAUGCUUUUGUACAUAGUUGAGAAUGUACGGCAUGAAUUGUAAGCUUUCAAAUGACACUGAAGUAGGUAGUAUUGUAGGCAGUGAAGCUGGUUAUCAAAAAUUACAGCAGGUUCUUGAUGGGUUACAACCAGGAAAGGGAGUGCAGGAAUCCCUGGGGCCAUUUCCCUCAAUGACAGGUAUUUUCCCUUUCGAAUAAAUAUGCUGGAAGAUUGUAGGCAGCUAUAGAUAGGAGGGGUUGUUAAUUUUUCUAGUGUUGACUGGGACAGACAAAGCCAUCCCACUUUCUGGACAAGGCUGAAUGAGAUGGAAUUUAUCAAAUGUCUUUAGGAGUACAUUUGGAGUACAGAGUACUGAUUUGGAAAGAGCGCAGAAGAUUUAUGAAGAUGUUGCCAGGACUCGAGGGCUGUGGUUGCAGAAAGAUGCAAUUGAGGUAUUUGGAGAUGUGUUCUGUGAGGUGGGAACGGACAGAAGCAAUUAGAACUGCCGGCACUCCUGUUGUGGAUUUUGGAAAGGAAAUAGAAAUGGGCAGUACAGGGCUGGGGAACUAUACGAUUGGAAGCAUAGAGGUAAGAUUUCAAGAGGUGAUAACUCCACUCAAACAAUCUCCUCCCAGGUACUUUUCCCCUGCAAACGCAGGAGAUGUGGCACCCGUCUCUCUACCUCCUCCCGUGCCUCCCGUCUAGCGAUGCCAGCAGUCUUUCUAAGUGAGACAGGGUUGCAUUCUCUUCCUCCUUCCUAGUUUUCCAAUGUAGCCUGCUGCAUCGGUGAGAGCCAGUGUGGAUUGGGUGGCUGUUUCGCUGAACACCUGUGCUCGAUUUGUCAGGGUUUGUUGGGUCUUCCAGUUGCUGGCCUUUGUAGCCCCCCCCCCCCCCCCCCCCCCCCCAUUCCCACAUUUACCCUCCUGUCCAAAGCUGACUUCUAUACUGGAGUGGGGCCACACGUAAUAAGGUGAGACAGCACCUUGUCUUUCGCUUAGGUAUAUGAUCUUUUUGGGUAACACCUGCCCACUUGGGUGUGCACACAUUUCUCCCUUUCCCUUUGUUUCCAUUUACGUAGCUCUACCUAUAGAUCCUACCUUCUUUGCUGUGGUAUAAGGCAUAACAUCUACAUGUCCCAUCUACAAUGCACUCUGUCUUGGUUUAGUUAUGCCAUUUACCUUCUCCAGAUUAGUGUCGACUCAAAAUGCGACCAGUUCCUCCAUAGUUCCUCCAGCUCAAAAUUCCGCCAUCUGCAGUCUUACA